CACGUGGGCCUACCAGUCUCAAAUAUAGUAGUCAGUGCCUUUUUAAAAGACAGAGAGGCUCGUCUGUAACGGCUCAACGUUUAGACAAUGGCGGAAGAUGAAAUAGUAGUCGAAGAAGAGCAAUCACCGGAGGUGACUCCACCAUCUGAUUUGCCUUCGUCUUCACCGUCUUUACUAGUCGGACAAGACGAUGACAUGGAGCUAAAGCACUUGGAAUUCAUCCAAGUCGCGGCAGUCUACUUCGCAGUCUGUUUCUCCACCCUCUACGAGUUCGCUAAAGACAACGCUGGUCCGCUCAAACUCGGUGUAGAAAACAUCGAGGCUUCCGUCCAGACCGUGCUCUCCCCUUUAUACGACAAAUUCCACGACGUUCCUUUCAAGCUUCUCCUCUUCGUCGAUCGUAAGGUGGAUGAUGUCUUCUUCGAUGUAGAGCCAUACGUUCCCUCCUUGGUGAAGCAUGCCUCUAGCCAAGCGCUCACGGUGGCCACAGAGGUGCAACGUGCCGGCGUCGUGGACACAACCAGAAACAUCGCGAGGACCGUCCGGGAGAAGUACGAGCCAGUGGCGGAACAUUACGCAGCGACGCUGUGGCGCUUGCUGAAUCAAGUGCCAUUGGUCCCAGAUAUUGCUCAGUUAGUGAUCCCGACAGCGUUUUACUGGUCGGAGAAGUACAACGAUGCUGUUCGUUACGCCAGCGACAGAGACUACUACGUGGCAGAGUAUCUACCCAUGAUUCCCAUCGAGAAGAUCUCUGAUAUUUUGGAACAAGAUCAGUGUCGAGCUGACUACUUGCACUAAUGAAGCAUUACAUGUACUCUGUUUUUCUUUCCUUUCUGCAAUUUUUGCUAUUUCAAGUUGAAAUCUUUCUGUAGUAUUUCAUUAAGGAAAACAAUUUGCCUUUUCAA